GCAAAGGCGUGGAGGGGAAAUUGAAAGCAGCUGACGCCAUUCCUAUUUCCCCCCGUUAGCCAGAGACCCCGACGGCCCGACCACACAACAAGCGAGCAACAGCGGCUUGGACACGGCGCCGUUUUGGUUUUUUUUUUUUUUCCUGUGGUUCGCCGAAUUGUUGCUUCAGUCGGGCUUCUCUCUGGUUUCCAUUUUGGUAUCGUCCUUCAUCCUCUUUCUAACUUCCGAGGCAUACCUGUAUUUGUAUUUGGUAUAACGUGCUUGCGUUUCUCAUUUCGCUGGAGACAUUGUUGGUUUUAUGAUUUUAUCAUUUUAUGGUUUGAAUUGGAUCGCUUGUAAAAUUUGAUUUAAUGCCUCUCUUGUUUUUUGCGCACGUCGGUGUGGCGUUUGCAUUCCUUGAACCUGAGGAUAUUUUUGAUACCAGUUAACGCUUGGAUUCAUGUUACGAAAAUGCUGAAUUCAAUCCUCUGGAUUCUCAUGUAGAGAGAGAUUGAGCUGGAGAAAAAGAGAGGAGUAGAUAGUCCAAAUUCUAAAGCAAUCCGCGAAUUCCUUCCCGUGGUUCUGGAUUUUUAAAAUGGGAUCAAUAUGAUGUCCUCACAAAUUCAAGCGGUGUUGACCCCCCCGGGGCCUCUAUUUUCUAAGGAUUAAACCAGAAAAACUGCUUUUUAUCAUUUACUAUACUGAAUUGCCAGAUUUUGGGAGUCGCAGGUUUUCAAGUCGUCCAUCCGUAGCUCUAUCAUAAUUUGCUACGGACGAGAGACGUAAAUUGCAGUUUACGUCAUCUUUUAGAUUCCAAGCGUUGAGUCAGUUCUGUCCGCUGUUUUCUUGUCAUUAGUUUACUGUGCCUGACAUCUCCGCAUUGUUUGGGGGCUACAAUAGGUCCGCUCCAAAGAAAUGGCAGUUUCAGUUUAAUGGUUGCAAAAAAAAGUGGCCAGUGUAGAUCCCCCCCGCCCCCCAACCCAAAAAAAGAGAGAGAGAGAGAAAGAAAGAGAAAAAUUCUGCAUAUAGGGGAUACUUCCAAAUCUAUUAACGGUAAACCGUUAACUAAGUCAUUUAUAAGCAGCAGGUAAGGCUCUGGCAUAUAGUGCCUUCAAUUUUAUCGACUUGUGACUUCUGAUUUUGGGAUAAGUAGUUGAUUUCCUUGAAUUGGCAGCUCAAAUCAAUCCUAAUUUGUUAGUUUGGACGUCAGAAACUCUGACUUUGAAGGUGUUGCUUCUUCACAGAAUGAAAGUUGCUUAUUUUUCUGCACCCCUGUUUCCAAGUAUACAAAUAAAAUACUGCGCGUUGAGAUAGCUGAGGGACCAGAGUAUUAUUCAUUUUGGCGCAAUUCAGAAGUUGUAUUUAAAGGUGGUAUGCAUUUCCUGCAACUCUAUGAUUCGUUCCUGGUCAGUUGUGUUGGGGGACUUAGAUGGAUGUUCUCUCACCAGAACUAUAUCUUGAAGGUUCAUCCGACACCUGCCCAUUGCUGAUGGAGCAGACUGGGCACUUGAACAGUAGUCAGCACGUCAUUGACAUCUCUGGGAGUAGUGAUGCCUCAACAUCAACUUCACUUCAUGAUAGAUAUUUUAGCAACAUAGGUACAUCUGAGCAUGGAGACGGCCCUACAAGUGCAGGAUUCCCUGUUUCUCAGCAAUCAGUUCCUCUCUCUAGUGUAUCCAACGGAUCUAAUUCAAGGAAUUCUUCCUCAACAAGACUGGGGGAAACCCGUCGACUGAGGAAUCCAUUGAAUUCUGGCUUUUGGAUAUCAAUUGAGCUAUUCCUUACUGUAAGCCAGAUUGUUGCAUCUAUUAUUGUUUUAUCUUUGUCAAGGCAUGAGCAUCCAAGCACUCCAUUGUUUGCAUGGAUCGUCGGUUAUGCCAGUGGUUAUGUUGCUCUCCUUCCUCUGCUCUAUUGGCGGUAUUAUCAUGGAAAUGAGAUUCAAGAACAAGAUUCAUCUCAGCAGGGUGAGACUUCUCAGAUGAAUGUUUCUUCAAGGACCUAUCAUUCUGUUACUAGAACCAGCGGACAAGAGGACAAUCAGGCUAGUGCUGUAUCAUCAAUAAGCAAUCAGGGUUCAUUGUUGGUGAAUACAAGACUGAAGAAACUAAUGGAAUACUUCAAAAUGGCCUUAGAUUGCUAUUUUGCCGUGUGGUUUGUUGUUGGCAUUGUAUGGAUCUUUGGGGCACAAUCGUCUUCUGAUGCAGCUCCUAACUUGUAUAGGUUAACUAUAGUGUUUCUCAUCUUUAGCUGUAUUGGUUAUGCUAUGCCAUUCCUUGUAUGUGCGACAAUAUGUUGUUGUCUGCCUUGCAUAAUUUCCAUUGUUGGGUUUAGAGAAGAUCAGAUACAAACCAGAGGGGCAACAACUGAAUCCAUUAAUGCCUUGCCAACAUACAAAUUUAAAAUGAAAAGUAAAAACAAUUCUAGCAACUCUGCUACUGGUGAAGGCGGAAUUGUGGCUGCAGGAACUGAAAAGGAGCGUCUUAUCUCUGGAGAGGAUGCGGUAGGCUUGCUGCAUCUGCCUGAUAAUGUAUGAAGACAACGAUGAGUUAAGAGAAUUGGCUUGUUCUCAUCUUUUUCACAAAGAUUGUGUAGAUAAGUGGUUGAAGAUAAACGCAUUAUGCCCCCUUUGCAAGGGUGAGGUUGGUGAGGUCGAGAAUGCAAGAGGAUCAUCAGGCUCCGUAGAAGAGACAGGCAUGCGAGUUGAACAUAUAUAGUUCCUUCCUCCUUGCAAGGGUGAGGCUGGUGAGAUCGAGAACGCAAGAUGAUCAUCAGGCUCUUUAGAGGAUGCAGGCCAACGAGUUGAAAAAAACAUAGUUCCUCACAUAUAAUGGAAGCAGGAAAAAAAUUAGCUGCUUAUACAUUCAAGGUACUGUUUUCCAAUCGAAUUAAGAUUUUUGUUUUUUUUUGGGGGGUUCAUUUUUUCACAUUAUUUUCCCAAUAAUUACCUCAUUAUUAAUAUUUUUAAUUUGUUUUCAAUUUUAAAAUCCACUAUUAUAAUUUGAUUAAAAAAGGGUAUUUUUAAAUGCAUGAGUUGAAGUGUUCAAGCCCCCCCGGGGGGGAACUAGUUUUGUAAAAAGUUUUUUUUUUUUUUGGGUCUUCGGGAAAAACCCCUGUGGCUCUCCUCUUCUUUUCUUCCUUUAUGGAAGGAUGGUUGAUUUCUGAGUUCAUAUUUACCAUUUUAGUUUGUUGGUUGAUUUCCGAUGUUGGCUGAUACGCUGCUCCAGUUUAAUUGUUCAUGUGAAAGGCCGGUUGGAGUUAACCAGUGGAAACUUCGGAUUGUAUAGUCAGGCGUUACAAUUUGCUGAUAGAUCGGAAUUUUUUUGAUACUGUAGUUUUCAUUAGGUGGGAUGCUCGCUUCUGCGAGUGUUCAUUAAUUCAUUAUUGUUCUUGAAAGGGUGAAGGUUUGUACAGAAAUGCUAUGGAUACAAACAUUUGGUCCAUUACAUACAGAAGGCCUUC